AUGGCUGCUAAAGAAGUCGACAGUGGAAUUGAUACCAAGGUUUCCUGCAAGAGCUGCAAUAUUACAUUCAAGGAAUGGAAUGCCUUCCACAAUCAUAAGAUGCACCCAAAAGAACAAGACCUUUCAUGCCUAGGCUGUGGCAAACGAUUCAUUCGUUUAGGAUCUCUGAUUGCUCACCUCGAACUCGAUAGCUGUCGCCCAGUCAAUGAAGAGAGAGGAAAUCUAGCGGCCCGUACGCGGCAAAAACAAGAAUUGCGUGCCAAAUUCAAGGCUGGUUUGAAGAAUAUUGAUGAAAACGCUGGGCUAAGAACUGGUAUCAGCUUUUUGGAUUCUCAAGAUAUUCCUGCAAACCCCAGGGAUAUCAAGCUGCCGCCAUCCACCUGGAAAACGCUGCCACUUACUUUCGAGGAUAAAACAUCUACAAACUUUGAGUUCGGAGGAUGGGAAACCACAAUCUUGGAAGAAGAUGGACCGAUCAAUCAACUAAACGGCGUAGCCUCAAACAGUGUACCUGAGCCCGUCAUGGAAUUGCAACCCGAGGAGGAUUUGAUCUUUCUGGGAGAGGUCGACAAAGCAAUGAGUAUACCAUGGGGAACAUUUGUGAAGAAGAUAGCUAAACCAGACCCAAAGCCCGCUGAAGAGGUCAAGUACGAGUAUGUCGAGGGCGGAUUUCCAAUAGCAAUUGCACCUUCUAUGAAAGAAAGUAACUUUCCACCAUUGCCAAGUGCAAGUAAUUUUAAGGAUGCCGGCAUGAAAGCUCCGAACUUCAUGGAUGCACCAUUUGAGGGCCCAAGUCUCACCUCCAUCUGGGAUACUAAGCAUAUCAUUUCCAACGCCCGAAAACCUAUUCCUCAACCACCCACAGAAGCUCCUGUAGUCACGGAUGUAGCCACUCGUACAGGUGGACUUCCACCUCUCCGCAUGCGUCCUCUUGUUAACCCUCUACCCGAGAAAGAAUAUGCACCAUACGAUCCUAAAGACCCUUCAUUCCGAGCUCAAAGGUAUUGGGUUACUUUCACUCGAAAAUAUAAGUGCCCUCACCGAUUGUGCAAAAAGAGCUUCGAUACUGAAUCAGGCUUUAUCCAGCAUUUACUUUCUGCUGCACAUGCCGGAGAUAAUAGACUCGUCUGUCCUAACUGCUAUAGAGGUUUCGGAACAUACACAGCCCUUACACAACAUUGCGAGUCUCAAGGAGUUCGUUGCAAAAUCCGGGACGCAGAUAACUACGGCAAGGUUGUGAACGACAUUACUUCUAGUGUUGCAGAUGUAGCAGGUAGACAUGAAGAUGAAACUGUAAAAUACACUGUCAAGAAGGAGGGAUGGGGAGACUUGGCAGAAAGACAUCGACAAGCAGAAGAGAAUGCUAAGAACAAGAAAGAUUAUUGGAAGAAGCAUGACCCGGCGUUUGAGUGGUAG